AUGAAGCUUCAAGCUCUGAAGGUCUUGUUGCAACAAAUUUACAAAGAGAUACCCCUUCCAUUAGUACAAUUGGUAGCUCUAUUGGUUCAGUUCCUACAGGAAAGAAUUAGAAAUUGCCCUCCUGAUGUUCAUUUGGAUCAAUGGAAAGAAUUGGUUAAGUAUUUUUCAAAUGAUUUAUUUGAGGCUCAAAGCGGAAGAGGUAAAUCAAACCGAGUAAAGCAUACUAUGGUUCAUGUUUCUGGUUCAAAGUCUUUUACGCAAAUCCAAGAAGAAUUGAAAAACAAGCAUCCAGAAAAAAGGGAACCUAUGCGAACAGAGAUGUUUAGAGCCACACGUAAAAGAAAGAAUGGAAAUGUUCCAAAUGAAGAUAUUGCUCAUGCUAUUAGAAAUUUAGAUGAGAUAGAUUUGGAUAGAGAAAGUUCACAAAUUAGCGAUGGGCAUCAGGAUACUAUUUCUCAAGUACUUGGUCCAGAGCAUAGUGAGUAUGUUCGAUUGUUUGGAUUUGGACCAACUCCAUCAAAAGUUUGGGGCAAAAAAGGAGAAAAUGAUAGAUUGAAAAUGGAGAAUGAAAAUUUGCACAAGCAAUUAGAGGAGGAAAGAGUGAAAAGAGAACAAUUGAAGACACAACAAGACCAAAUGCAGUUGGCCAUGACUUCAUUAUUGGCUAAUCUUGCUCAAAAUGGAACUAUCGACUUGUCAAAAAUCUUACUUGGAUCAACUUCAGCAUCGCAGGAGAAUAAUAAUGAAGGUGCUAGUGCUUCUGAAAAUUAA